AUGCAGCAGAACCAGCCUGUCCCCGGCCGUCCUUUGUCCCGUUUAGCUUCUAUAUUUCAAAGAGCACCAGCACCAGCACUGGAGGUGGAGCCACUACCUCCAUUACGUCCAAUACAAACCCGGCCAGCUGUGCCAUCACCACCUCUAGUUACUCCGCCACAAACACCUCCAGUACCAUCACCAAAACCAGCACAAACUCAAGUUGUUACUACUCCACGUCAAACAUCUCCCAGGCCAGCACCAUCACCACCACAACCACCAUCACCAAAACCGGCACAAAUUCAAGUUACUACUGCUCAACGUGAAACAUCUCCAAGGCCAGCACCACCAUCACCAAAACCGGCACAAACUCAGGUUACUACUACUCAACGUCAAAUAUCUCCACGGCUAACACCACCACCACCACCAUCGCCAAAACCGGCACAAACUCAGUUUACUACUACUCAACGUCAAAUAUCUCCACGACCAACACCACCACCACCACCAUCACCAAAACCAGAAAUAUCUCAAGCUACUGCUAUUGCUCAACCUCAAGCAUCACCAAAAUCAGCACCAACUAAUUAUGAUCGACCUUGGACGUCUACAGCGCCACCAGCACCAACAUCUACAGCACUACCAGCAUCACCAAAAUCAGCAGUCCAGCCACAAGCAUCACUGAGACCCAGAGCAGUGGCAUACCGGUCCCUGACGCCCCCACAAUCUCCUAAGAUCAUUAAGCCUUCAGAGCCAACACCACCACCAUCGCCGAAAACCAUACAACAGCAGCCUAAGAGCAUCUUCUCUCAAUACAAGAAUGGCAAUGGAAAUAGCAAGGUGACAUCUGACAAAAAAGAACCACCAGUUGAGAAAAAUCAUGCUCACCUCAGCCCGAAGAAAGGUGAUGUUGUUACUGAUGGUAAAAUUGCCAAUAAUUCAACCAUGCCAUCUGGAAAGAAGAAAGCAGAAAAGAGCAAAGAAGAAGAACAGACUGGAUGGAGGCUCAUAACCAUUGCAGGAGAGAACAUGGGAGCUUACAUGGAACUGGGCUCUGGUUAUCAUAAACUCCAGAAGCAGCAACCAGCAGCCACCAUCUUUAAAUACCAACACAACAGCAAGCCAAGUGAAGUGCAGGAGAACGAACCUCAAAGUGACAUUAAGGAAAGCAUGACAGUGUCUAAAGCAAGACCAUUAGCAGCUAUGGUGAACAGCAAUGUGCAGGCAAUCAACAACUCCAUGGUUUUCAACUGCUCCUGCACUCAUAAGAGCCCCGGUGUGCACCUCAAUGUUUCCAGCCAUCGUCUCCCUACGGGCACCAGCUCCUCCCACCCCAAGAAGGGUGAGUAA